GUGCAGGUUCGGACCAUAUUGCCUACUGACCGAAAUGUCGGAAACAGGAUUAUCUUGGUAAAAGCAAAAAUAAAAACAAAAAACAAAGAAGACCUCUUAACGUGAGGUUAACUGUGGAUCAUUAAUAUGCGAGGCCAGAUUACAUUAUCUGUCGUCAUUGGACUCUAUCUGGUUUGCAGGGGAAGGUGCGAAUCCGACUGUGACCAUCCCAAACACUGCUCCAAGACAGAGUGGGUAAACCAGUGGUACAUAUGGCUGGUAGUCACUGCAGGGAUUCUGCUCCUGAUUUUUGGAAUUACCUGUGCCUGCCUGCGCUGCUACUACUUGCGACAGCAGUCCUGCCCAGAGGGAGGAGGAGAGAGGCCAUGUGAAGUCACAGUUAUAGCAAUCGACCACGACAGCACAAUUCAAAGCACUAUUACAUCUCUGCAAUCUGUGUUUGGCCCAGCUGCCCGUAGAAUAUUUGCUGUGUCUCACACCCAUGUCCCACCACCCCAGUUCACUCCUGGACUGGAGACCCCACCAUGCUAUGAUGAAGCCUUGAGAAUGAGUCGUUUUACCGUUGCUCGCAGUAACCACCUGGGAUGUCAUCUCACUCCAGUCUUGGAGGAGAAAAAUGAAAUUCCUCUACCAAAGCAAACUCCAAAGUAGAGAAAGUAAGAAAUCAAUUUAUGGUCAUUGGAAAUUAUUCAUGGAAAACACUGCAAGUGAGGAUUUUCUAUUUAUCUGGACAUCCCAGUGUA